AUCCACUGGGGCUGUCACAGUAAUAAUUGUACGGAGUACUUAGAGGAAAACAGGAUACAAUGGGGACUACAGCGGGGCGAUUCGGCUUCAAGCCUUGAAUACUCCGAAGGUAAUACACUUUUCCUUCCUUGCCUACUUGAGAGCAAGACACAAGCUCAGGCACCAACCAAUGGCGGGUCAAUAUCUUCUCUGCAAGAGGAAAACGUGCGUCAAUGGCGCAAUGACCAUAAUCACAGCCAUCCGUGAUCCGGCAUGAUUCUCGGAGUCUGACCUGCCGCGAUUUGGAAUAGUAGUAUUGAAUUCAGCCCCACCCCCGUCUUGAAACUUUGUUGCCUCAGGCCAUAGUUUGAGUGGGGUUCGGCUUCUAUCAGCGCGACAAAUCUUCAGAUCGACUGACGCAAUAUUCAAUCUCUAUCGAGAAGCUCCGUCUUUGUUUUCCCUCACGUAUUUUCUGUUGUCAGACUACCCCAACUAUUUCUCGGAAGAGCCAUGGCAGACGCAGAGCUAGAGGAGAUCAGGCGAGCUCGUCUUGCGCAACUCCAGCAACAGGGCGGUGGCCCGCGGGGUGGCCCGGGGCCAUCAGAGGGUGGCCAAGAAGACCAAAGAAAACAAGUUGAAGCCGAACGACGCACCAGUAUCCUAAACCAGAUCCUUGAACCGGAAGCCGCAGAUCGUCUAGGGCGUAUCCGCAUGGUGAAGGAGUCUCGUGCUAUGGAUAUUGAGAACAGACUCAUCAUGCUUGCGCAGACAGGUCAACUACGACAAAAGGUCACAGAAGAGCAACUCAAACAGCUUCUGAAUGCCGUGGCGGAGAAUCAGCGCAAGGACGAGGAGGAGCAGAAGAUUGUGAUUAAUCGGCGUAAGGGCGGAUGGGAUGAUGACGACGAUCUACUGGAUCUGUGAGAAGGAAAGAGGCAUGGUUAUGGAAGGCUAUGAUUUACGACGCAUCCGAUCACCUGCUUUAAGCUACAUUUGCUGACCUGGGCUUUUGAUAAAAUGAACAUGCCUAUCUACGUGGAUUGGAGACAUUCAAUUGUUAGGGGUGAAGGGACAAGUCAUCGCUUGUUAUUGCUCUGCUUCGAAAGCUGUUAAGUGGGGUAAUAUACAUCUAUACAUCUCGCUAAAAAUACACAAGUUAUUCACCAAGCACAAAGAAGCCUAGGAACUCUUGCCCUCCAAUCGUUCCUUCUCCCUUUUCUUCUGCAUCCUUAUCAUUCGUCGAAUGUCUCUCAUGUCCGGCGGUUUCUCAAUCCCCAGCUCCGCCCGCAAUUCGUCAACAUCAUUCUCUAGAACUUUCUCCCAAUAAACGUUGAUAAGUUCCUUGCUGGACAGUCCACUACGCACUGCCCAAGGAAGAUACAGCGA